ACAGAUUUUGUUCUUGCUCCCGCCCCUCUCUUCUCUACCUGCCACGUACUGGGCCGAGCUCUCGCUGGGCUCGGUGGGUCCGCGCGAUUGGCCCGGCCCGCCGAGGGGACCGAGUGAGCCGUGAGCGCAGCCUCCCGACGCCCCGGAGCCCGGCGUCCGGCCAGCCGAGACCGCGGAGCGGCCUCGGAAGCCGCUUUUCUCUAGAGUUGUAUAUAGAGAACAUCCUGGAGUCCACCAUGAACGGACAGUUGGACCUAAGUGGGAAGCUAAUCAUCAAAGCUCAGCUUGGGGAGGAUAUUCGGCGAAUUCCCAUUCAUAAUGAAGAUAUUACUUACGAUGAGUUAGUGCUAAUGAUGCAGCGAGUUUUCAGAGGAAAACUUCUAAGUAACGAUGAAGUUACCAUAAAGUAUAAAGAUGAAGAUGGAGAUCUUAUAACAAUUUUUGAUAGUUCUGACCUUUCCUUUGCAAUUCAGUGUAGUAGGAUACUGAAACUGACAUUAUUUGUUAAUGGCCAACCAAGACCUCUUGAAUCAAGUCAGGUGAAAUAUCUCCGUCGAGAACUGAUAGAACUUCGAAAUAAAGUGAAUCGCUUAUUGGAUAGCUUGGAACCACCUGGAGAACCAGGACCUUCCACCAAUAUUCCAGAAAAUGAUACUGUGGAUGGUAGGGAAGAAAAGCCUGCUGCUUCUGAUUCUUCUGGAAAACAGUCUACUCAGGUUAUGGCAGCAAGUAUGUCAGCCUUUGAUCCUUUAAAAAACCAAGAUGAAAUCAAUAAAAAUGUCAUGUCAGCGUUUGGCUUAACAGAUGAUCAGGUUUCAGGGCCACCCAGUGCUCCUGCCGAAGACCGUUCAGGAACUCCCGACAGCAUUGCUUCCUCUUCCUCUGCAGCUCACCCGCCAGGAGUUCAGCCACAGCAGCCACCGUAUACAGGAGCUCAGACACAAGCAGGUCAGAGUGAAGGUCAGAUGUACCAGCAGUACCCGCAGCAGGCCGGCUACGGUGCCCAGCCGCAGGCACCGCCCCAGCCGCCGCAGCAGUACGGUCUCCAGUAUUCAGGCUAUAGUCAGCAGACUGGACCCCAACAACCUCAGCAGUUCCAGGGAUAUGGCCAGCAGCCAACUUCCCAGGCCCCGGCUACUGCCUUUUCUGCUCAGCCUCAACAGCUGCCUGCUCAGCCGCCCCAGCCGUACCAGGCGAGCAGUUACCCUCCACAAACUUAUACUACCCAGACUUCUCAGCCUACUAAUUACACUGUGGCCCCUGCCUCACAACCUGGAAUGGCUCCAAGCCAACCUGGGGCCUAUCAGCCCAGACCAGGUUUUACUCCACCUCCUGGAAGUACCAUAACCCCGCCUCCAAGUGGGCCUAACCCUUAUGCACGUAACCGGCCUCCCUUUGGUCAGGGCUAUACCCAGCCUGGACCUGGUUAUCGAUAAAGAGGCUCAGCUACACUGAUGAAUGUAGCUGCUAGUGAUUUGCCUCCCAGAAGACUCCAGUACUACUAUUUUAUUUUCAUUUGUAUUGAAGUUCAGAAAUUUAAAAAGCAGAGCAUUUUAUAUGAUAUCACUGUUGCUGUUAAUUGAAAAUAUAAUUUGCUGGGACACAAAAAAAGACCAAAAUGAAAGUGUUUUCCUCCCCUGCUUAAAAGUGUAGCAGCUUCCUAGUUAUUUUGGAACACUACUCUUACGUGUGUGUAAAGUGAUUGACUUUCUAGCUUGCCUUGUCCAGAGGAUAUUAAAAUGCUAGGUUGAAGUUUAGCCAUCUUACUUGGAUUUUUACUAUUAACAUGAUGUACUAAAGUAGAUCCCUUUGAGAAGACAACUAGAUAUUACUAUGUAUAAAAUGUAACAUUGAAAGGAUAAUAAAGAUGGUUGAAUCCAUUGGUGGUCUUGUACUUUAAUUUAGUCAUCAACAUUAGAUAUACACGAGACAAAAAGCAAGAAACAAAUCCUUAUUGAUGUUUGGUCUUAAAAUGAAGUAUAGACAUUUUAAUUCUAGUUUUCUAUUCAGAGAAACACAGUGCCAUUUCAUUUUUGUCCUGACUGUGAAAGAAAUGCAUUUAACAAUCAUUGGCUUAAAAUAAUGAAACUUUAAAAUAGAUCUCACAGGAAGAUAGAUUAGCGUUACAUAUAAACACAACAGAUACAGUAUUAAAAGAUACGAGGUGG